AUUAUACCGAUCGCGCAACGUUCUUUUCACAAGUGAGUUCUCGAACUUCUGAAUAGCGCUACUGCAGAUUCAUAACAGAUAUAAUGUUACAGAGCUUAGAGGUUAGCGUGGUUAACCGGCACGAGCUUCAAAAGAAGUGCACAAUAGUUUUUCACAUAAAUAUUAUUCUUUAAUUGUUGUUUUUUUAAUAAUUUAUCCAAGUUCGAAAAUUAUGAACAAUGGCUUCGUCCACUGAUGUCGCUACGAUCAGAGCUCAGAGAUAUUUAAACGAGCCAUUGGUAGAGCGAUGCAGGGAUCUGUCCAUAUUGAUAGACGAGUCGAGCACCACUGAACUGCAGCUAGUCUUUCCUCUGCUGAUAGACUCCUUAUUCGGAAUAGUAGACAAUAUCGGAUGGGGUUUGCACAAUAUCACCCUCAAGAAAAAUCCACUGGAAUAUGAGGCGCUGUGUCACUUUCUCAGCCCACAAGGAUCAAUAUUUUCUUUAUGUUACAAACUACUUCCAGAUUGUUACCUGAAGUAUAAUUUUCCAGUGUCCUAUCUUCCGUCGAAAAUACGCUCCAUGUUGGAGGAAGGUAUAAUAUCACCAUUUUACCUUGAUAAGAUUAGAGACGAUCAAGGGACACGCGUUCCCUCAGCUUUAUCUAUGAAUCCCUUCGAGUACUACAUCUUUCAUUUUGCGUAUCAUUUGACCAAUCCCUGGCUGCAACUCCAACAGCAAGAAAACGUGUGGAUGAAUUGGGAGACGAUUUACGUUCAAUUGGCGCAUUGUUAUCUGUACCAUUUCCUGCCACGGGACAAUUCUGCGGUUCUACCAGUGAUCGGGCCGUAUGUGAAGAAGACGCCGCCGAGGAAGUUGACUCAGUCGCCGGAAUUCCGAAGAGAUUGUCAGAAAUUGCAAACGUUGAGACUUCUGAGAACGUCUAUAUUGUCAUCGGGAUCGGUGAGCCCUGGGGCGGGCGUGCCGCAACAGCAGUGCCUGCCGCAAGUCUGGAGGAGCGAGACUGUGGUGCAAGUUUUCCUCGACUUUUGGCUGGAGUAUACAGAGGACACGCAGCUGCAGACCUCCCAAUUGAGUACAUCCUAUUUGUCGACGAUACCGCGACGACACAGUAUACAUUCCGGAGAACACAUACGUCUUGUGAGAGCGUUCAUAAAAACGCUACACGAGUUUACGAACAGCGCUACAGGCGACAAGAGCGCGAUGGACGAAUUGAAGAGAAUAAUUCUUCCUUCGGUUCAAGGAAAAAUAUAUACAUUUUUGCGGAAAGCAAUAUAUCAUUGGCCGCUCGACAGCUCAUUUAGAUUGAUACUGGAAGCUUGGCUAAGCUUUAUUCAGCCAUGGAGAUACGUACCGGGAGUAACGUAUACUAAAGAGGGUAAAGCAGAGGAAGAAGAAAGGGGCAAGAUUCAUGAUCCUGGCAGAUGGAUCUCUUUCGUUGCCAAUAAUCUGUUAGCAUAUACGGUUGUAUUUCAGCAGCUGCUACCACGAUUCAUGAGAACUGACCUGGUAGCGCCUAAGAAUGCAUUAAUGUUAUUCAGAGUUACAAAGGUGUUUUCGCAACCGUUCUUAGCAAAAAUGAUAUGCGAGGUGGAGAGUUGCAUGGAUGACGUAGGCUUGAGCAAAGGCCGAAUAACGACGAAUCAAUGGACAUCGAUCGUUAGGCAACAGAUUCUUGAGCUGGAGGGUCCAACGUAUCAAUACGUUCCUAUGUUUUCGACAGCCAUUAACCUGCAGGUCGUAUGGUUUUUGAGCAACAUUAAGCAAGCGCAUUUAACGGCGACUAGCCUGGUCGAAGCUCUGGAAAAUAGAAGAAGGGGAAAGCGCUUUCUGCUCUCGCUGUGGGAAUUCUUUAGCUGCGAGGAAUACUCCUCGGACGACAUCAGCAUAGACGAGCGACGACGCGUCCCCGUGCUCUUGGCCACCGCUCAACAGCAGCUGAUAGAUAUAUUUCAAAUACAACUCGAGGACAUUCCACAAGUUGCUAUAGUCGCGGAUCAAGAAUAUCACGACAGUAUUCUGUCGACUUCUUUCUGUCAUCAGUCGCAGAUGGAAUCCAGCUUCGACUCGAGCAGACCCGGUACUUUCGUGCCGUUGCAAGAGGGUAGACAGACGUGCCGAUAUAUCGAAUAUAUGGGCGAUCCAGAACUGCAACCGGUUCGAACGAACGAGUGCGCUUUUCUCGUUAGAAACUUUCACAAGCUGUGCUGUUACAUCAAUCUCAAGUAUCGACACGAGAUAAUCACGCUGUACAGCAAACGAAGCUUCCUCGGUAGUGUCUGUCGGCAAUUGAUUACCCCACCUACCACGAUUGUAAAGCUACCCAAACGAACGUCAAACGGAUUUAGCAGUGGCUUCGAAGAACGACUGCCGCCUCGAUUAAGUUUACGAUCUUUGGCCAGUUAUAGCUUCCUCAUGAGUAUAGCGUUUGGCGUAUUGAUCGCAUGGCUUACCAAUUACGGUCCUUUCAUGUUUCUGGGAUUGGUAUUUUUCAUGUGGCUUAUGUAUGUAGUCAUACGUGCAACGUUGCAACACUAUUUCCCAUCUGGCACAAGUAUUUUCAGACCAAACGCGUCUUCCAUUAAUCGAUGAUAUUGAAUUUUAAGAUGACGAGCUAUUUUACUGUGAGCAAUUUUGAAACGCUUUUCUCGCGCACAACGAAUAACAAUUUUGGAUACGUAUGUAUGUAUUUAUAUUUGUAUUGAACGAUAUAAAAUGUUUCUGCCAAUAA